UCCCCGGCUCUGACAUCACCGGCCAGCCGGGUGGGUGGAGGCGGCGCUGGGCUCCGGCUCUGACUCCGCGGGCGGAAGAGGCGGCGGCGGCGGCGGCAGAAGCGGCGGCGGCGGGAGCCGAGGAGGAGGCUCCGGACGCUACUCGGGAACCGGGAACGCCCGCGCCCUGAGCGCUCAGCUCCAGAGGCGUCAUGGCUGAGUACGGGACCCUUCUCCAGGACCUGACCAACAACAUCACCCUUGAAGAUCUGGAGCAGCUCAAGUCGGCUUGCAAGGAGGACAUUCCCAGUGAAAAGAGUGAGGAGAUCACUACUGGCAGUGCCUGGUUUAGCUUCCUGGAGAGCCACAACAAGCUGGACAAAGACAACCUUUCCUACAUUGAGCACAUCUUUGAGAUCUCACGCCGUCCGGACCUGCUUACUAUGGUGGUUGACUAUAGAACCCGUGUGCUGAAGAUCUCUGAGGAGGAUGAGCUAGACACCAAGCUAACCCGUAUUCCCAGUGCCAAGAAGUACAAAGAUAUUAUCCGACAGCCCUCUGAGGAAGAGAUCAUCAAAUUGGCUCCCCCACCGAAGAAGGCCUGAGCAAGGUGGAGGAAGAGGAGGAAGGUUGGACCUUCAUCAGACCAUUCCCUUCCCUCCAUCCUUCAGAAGAGGGGGCAAGCCUCUCCCCCAUCUACCCAUUUACUAACCUGGUCCUAACCCCCUUACUGUGCGCGUGUGUGUGCGUGUGCGCACGCUCUGGCUGUUAUGUCUAUAUGUCUAGCUCAUCUAGUUCCUCCUUAUGAGGGUAUGGGGGUCAGGGGCUGGAGGGGCUUAGUGCCCCACUCUAGGAGGACAGGAGGAGGGCUACUUCUAUGCAAAUAGAAAUCAGCACAUUCCUCCUACUCUCCAGCAUCUUUAAGGUAUGGAAGUAGAAAGGACCUACAUUUUCCUAUACUGAGGAGCUGAGGUGGGGGUGAAAUGAGGAGGUAGAUGGAUCAAAGAAAAAGUAGGGAGGGAAGGUGAAGAGGCCACCCAACCCCCACCUGGAAGCAGCAAAGAAAAGCCAGAGUUCAGUGUUGUGCCCUCAAAUGAACUAACUGAAGAGUCCAGUCUCUCACUGACCCUCAGCUUGAAGGGCUUAGAUGCCAGCAGGUUCCUUUCUGCUCCCCUCUCAUGGGCCUAGGAUGGGUAUGAGGGAUCUUCCUGGUCCCUAAGAUCAAACCCCUUGGAGCAGCCAGCAGUAGAUGCCCCACCCACUUGUGCUCUGGAGAGACUAUGCUGGGAACAUGCACCACUGAGCCUGAGGUGGAUGAGGGCAGAGAGAGGGGGAUACCCUUUUCCAUUCCUUUAUUACUCAGACUGUUGCAUAUACUGACUCUGAACCUAGGGAAACGGGGAUGAGAUCCUUAGGUUUUAACCCCAAUCCUGACCCCACCUGCAGGGUCUUUCCCUCUGUCCUUGAUCUAGUACACCCUGAGCCAGAAAGAAGUGAAGUUAACUGCAAUGUUUUCCUUUGCACUGAUCCCCACCCCAAUCCAAUCCAGGAGGGGACUUAGUAACCCUUCUCACUCAAGCCCUGGUCCUUGGGCUUGUGGAUGCCUCCUAGCCAAACCACUAGAGUACAGUGAGUGACCCCAGCCUCCUGCCUGUCCAAGAUGCCUCUCACCACCCCGACCGUGCUAACUGUGUGUACAUAUAUAUUCUACAUAUAUGUAUAUUAAAAACCCGCACUGCCACGUCUGCCCUUUUUUGUGGUGUCUAGCAUUAACUUAUUGUCUAAGGCCAGAGCGGGGGUGGGAGGGGAAUGCCACAGUGAAGGGAGUGGCAGAGUCAAAUUGCUACAUAGUCCAAACAAAAAAGAAAGCUUUUUAAAAAACUUAACUCACAUGCAAUCUCAGAGACUAGAGAAAGCUGAAGUUAGGAGCUUUUAGAAUGUAGGAACAAAACUUCAGUGGGAAGGGAGGGCUGGCUGUUGGAAGAAAGAAGAAGCCAGGCUGGUUAGGGAGUACCCUCAACUCCUAACCCAGUCUAGCCUGUCCAUCCCCUCUGGCCAUUGCUGCGGACACCUGCCUUAACACACACACCUCGAGGACUCCACGGUUUUGCCUUAAAGGACCUUCCCAAGUCUCCCCAGCCCUGUCUGGCUUCUCCUUUAAAAGAAAGAUACCUGCUUAAUUGGGAGAGGGGAUGUGAGCAUGAGCUGUCCUUCCAUCGGGGUAUGUUACGUGAGAGUGAGAACAGGAGCGUUCCUUAUGGAGGGAAUGGGAGAAGAGAGACAGGGUUAUUUUCAGCAGAGUCUAGUAGUUUCUCUGUAAGGCAAAGUAAUCUAAGACUAACCUGCCCACCCGCCUCUUACACUGCUGUGAGAUCACCCCUAUCCUGUGCUCCUCUGUCUGCAGUGUGCACGGCCUUGUUCUAACCCUGGAAUAAAAGGUGAUUGAUUGUACUG